GCUCUCGAAUAUUUUUACAUCAAGUGAUGGUGAUAUCCAUUAUCAUUUAUACAUAUGUAAAUAAAUAUAUAUGUACAAAUCAAAUGUGCUAACUGCACUACUCUUGAGCCAUUCUCGCAAGUUUCGCGUGUCAUGCGGAUGCACAACUCAAAACAUAACACAAGAUGAUUGCAUAAUUAAUUAUACUUGCUGUGUAUGUGUGUAGUAGUAUGCAACCAGUUAUUAAUGUUUAUUGAUUUUAUUAAUUAUUCUUUUUGGUUUUUUGCAUGGAUCAAGCUUUGCUGAGUAUAGAAUAUACCUUAAAUAAGUUGACUAUUAUUUGCUAAAACUCAUUUGUACGAUCUUUUGUGUGUCCAGAGGAAAUAUUUAUUCUAAUGUGUAAUGCUCUCGACGGCUAGUGUAGAAAUAGCAGUUGCAGGCGCUGCAGUCAAUAAUUGGUGGUAAAACGCGAAACAGGAAAACAUGUUCUUCGCUUCUUGCGCUAUUACUAAGAAUACAAAGUGAAGAUGCUCUAGUGUUGGAAACAAAAAAGUGAAAUUAGUAGAGGAAUUAAAAUAGAAAGUGCAAUUAGAAUUUAACAGACCGAAAACCGUACAUUUUUGAAUAAGAUAAAAAAAAUAUGCCGUUAGCCUACCGCUUGCUGUUCUUACUGUCCGCCUUCUUCAUACUAAAUGUGGUCUUACAACACCUAACGGUCAACGCUGAUACAAAAGUGCUGCACACACUCAGCUUCAAUCAACCAGGUUACAGUACCCGUCAUGAGGUCAUCACACUCGAGAACGCCGGCACCGCUGAUGAGGAGUUGGUGGUUAGAGGCAAUUGGACCGUUGAACUCGGUCCACCGAACAAGGAGGGUCUCAUAUUUUUGGCGAUAACGGAGUAUACUGCCGAUAAACAUGGAUAUCACGUGCAUUAUCGUAUCGGGACGGUACCGUUAUUGGAAACCCGGUUGAGUGGAAGUCUGUUAAUGUCCGCAGCGGGCUAGAAAAUCGAGUGUUAUCGAAUAUUUUUAUGUGUUUGAAAGGGUUUCGAACUUUUUAAAUGCUGUGAAAUCGUAAACUCAAAUCAAAUUAGUUUUUUGAGUAUUAUUUUUUGUUAUUUUUUAUAUAUAUAUAAGUGUUUCUAAUGACUUGUCAACUGGUGUAUGCAUCAAAGCGAAACAUAUUUUUUAAAUAAAACAUAAAUACUCAUUUAAGAAACCAACCAGAA